UCGGCCAAGGGCAUUGAUUACGAGCCUCUGAUGGAACAGUUGCGGGUUGGCGACUACAGGAUGGCGGAUCAGACAACGCGCGACGUCUUGAUUGAGAUGGCUGGUGAGGAAGCAAUGAAACGAGGUUAUGUUUAUUGGACCGAGGCUCGCCAGCUUCCUGAUGAAGACCUUGCGACAGUCGAGAACCUGUGGCUGCACUACAGCGAUGGGAAAUUUGGUUAUACCGUCCAGAAAAACGUUUGGCGCCUGCAAAAGGGGGUAUUUGAUAAGUUCUGUGACAAAAUCGGUUGGACUACAAUCGACGAAGUUACUGGCCAAGCACGAAAGCGGCGCUGGUUCGGCGACUCCGAAUUUUCCUACAAACUGGAUGAUGCCCCGAAAGCCCAUCUCCCUCUCACAUCCGCUCUCCGUGGCACCCAGCUCCUUAAGGCCCUCCUACAGCAU